UACAUCCUGCCGCUCGCCUUCGGCAAGUACUUCGCCUCCGUCUCCGCGCACGUCUCGCUCUGGAGGGUCCCGGUCUCCUACGCGCACACAGUAAAAGCGACGAUGCCAAUAUGGGUGGUUCUUCUUUCGCGGAUCAUAAUGAAGGAAAAGCAGACAACGAAGGUGUACUUGUCUCUGAUCCCCAUAAUAACUGGUGUCCUGUUGGCCACCGUCACAGAACUUUCCUUUGAUAUGUGGGGACUCAUCAGCGCACUUGCUGCUACUCUGUGUUUUUCACUUCAGAACAUCUUUUCAAAGAAGGUGUUAAGAGAUUCCCGAAUACAUCAUCUUCGGUUGCUGAACAUACUUGGGUGCCAUGCUGUGUUCUUCAUGAUCCCAACGUGGGUUUUGGUAGAUCUUUCUUCCUUCUUAGUAGAGAACGACUUGAGCAUGAUGUCUCAUUGGUCCUGGACCUUGAUGCUGCUUAUAAUCAGUGGAUUCUGUAAUUUUGCCCAGAAUGUCAUUGCCUUCAGUAUUCUUAACUUGAUCAGCCCACUAAGUUACUCUGUCGCAAAUGCCACAAAAAGAAUCAUGGUCAUCACAGUGUCCCUUAUAAUGCUUCGCAAUCCGGUUACGAGCACCAAUGUCCUUGGAAUGAUGACAGCUAUCUUAGGGGUCUUCUUAUAUAACAAGACAAAAUAUGAUGCAAACCAAGAAGCAAAGAAGCAGUUGCUUCCAGUUACAACUGGAGACCUUGUGAAUUUAGACAGGCAUCGAAACGCUCCUGAAAAGUCUCAGAAUGGACUGACGGCAUUUGCACAACAUGGAGACUAUCAGUAUGGUCGAACCAAUAUCUUAACAGACCACUUCCAGUAUAAUCGGCAAAGCUAUCCAACUACCUACAACUUAAAUCGUUUUGAUAUAUAGAAUCCUGGCAAACAGGUAUAGACUGUGAUAUCAAAGUGUCCCCAACAUUAUCAGAAACUUUUAGUACAUCCAUGAAUGUAAAGCCAUUUUAUUGUACAGGUUUUGCAGAAGGGAAGAUGCAUGUGUAGUGAAAGCGGUACAGACCUUCAGCUUCUGCUAAGCAGACAUUUAAACGUGGAACAGAUCUGACACUGGAACAAAAUGCACAGUGUAGCUCUUGUACAGAGAUUCUGGUGAAACGCACGUACAAAACUUCAGAGUAAAAUCUCUGCCUGUCACUGUUCCUUUUCAGAGUCUGUCAACUGAUUAUUCUCUUGGCAGCUAAAUUCUGGCCAGUAUUUUGUUUCCACGCUGGUAACGUCACCUUUAAUUUGUUCUCUAAU